CUGCCCGCCACAAAACUCGUCCCUCCGCAUCGCCGCUAAUAAAACACGGGGCCAACCCUGGGCUAUUUUAUGCCCUGUCGUUGUUUUUCUAGUCUCCAGAUCUGCAAUUCCCUUUCCAAGCUAACGGGGUACCACCUUCUGCGACGUUGUUUAGCGCUUACGCAACCGCUAUAAACCCCGACAGCUCAUUGCCAUAUACAUAAAACCCUCCCCAAAACCAACCUUGUCUAGCGACUAUGCAGCCUUGAGCUCACCGUUCAUCCCACCUUCGUCACAGAUCUAAGACACGCCGCCGCUUCGACGCACGCCUGCACACAAUGUUGACGCCGCCGCAAGACCCCGUGCUGCAGGAGUUCUUGCAGCCGCUUGCCAUUGACCUGCAGACCUCGUACAGGCUCUCGUCCCUCUUCCUCAACAACUUUACAUAUUUGGCCGCACAAUCUCCCGACCAAUUUCUGCCGACUCCUAUAUCAGAAUCGAUCCUGCGCCCAAUUGCCAACACUGGCAGUGGCCGACAUUUGGCAAUCGACAUUGGCGGCACAAAUCUCAGAGUAGGCUUCAUCGAGCUAGUCGGGAAUGACCUCCGUAACGGCCAUUACAAUGGGGAUGCAAAGCCUCACCUGAACGGCAACUCCCACCCCGGCGAACGCAUCCGCCGUCUAUUUGAAAAGUCAUGGCCCAUUUCCAACCAUCUUAAGAACCAAAACGCAGAGAGUCUCUUCCAGUGGAUCGGAGAAUGUAUCGCACAAGUUGUGGAGUCGGCACGCAAAGAUCUCAAUAUACCCAGCGAUGUUAAGCUGCCUCUUGGUGUAACAUUUAGCUUCCCAGCACAGCAGAGCUCUCUUUCACAAGCAUCUGUGACAUCAAUGGGCAAGGGUUUUGCUAUUUCUGAAGGAGCUGACCUGGGAAUCUGCAUUCAAGAGGGCUAUGCGAAAUUCAAAACACCGGAGUUACCAGAGAUCCAAGUUACCGCCAUUGCAAACGACUCCGUCUCGACCCUUGUCUCCUUCAUCUUCAACUUUGACGCCAGUGAACGCCGCCGUGCCAGCAUGGGUCUCAUUCUAGGAACAGGGUCCAACGCCACCGUACCCUUGAAGCUUAACCGAUUGCACCCCAGCAAGUGGCCCAAGAACGUCAGCAUGCUGGAUGGCGAGAAUGUAAACCAUACCAGAAUUGCCGUUAAUACCGAAUGGAGCAUAAAUGGCACUGAAUCGCCCAUGCGUGAGCUGAGCCUCAUUACAAAGUGGGAUGAUGUUCUAUCAGCCCAGAACGAACGACCAGGGUUCCAGCCGUUGGAGUAUAUGACUGCGGGCCGAUAUCUUGGCGAGCUUGGCCGUCUGAUGCUCGUCGACUACCUAACAAUUACGCUGUCCAUUGCUAAAGACACGCUGCCGGAAAAGAUUCUUCAACCCGGAGCGCUCACUACCACCUUCCUGAGCCACUUCAAACCUUUGGAGACGACGACACUUCUCGCCUUGCUACAGGCUGAAAUUCCCACCACAGGGCAAUUCACGUGGACGGAGCAAUACGCGGCCGCUCUUUACCAUAUCGCCAAGGCUAUUGAGUACCGCGCAGCCGGUAUUAUUGCCGCUGCAAUUAUUGCACUUCUUACGCUAGCAGAAGAACUUCCUGUAUCCGCCGCUGACCAAGCAACUGCGCCUUCAGCCGACCUUGGUGUAGGAUAUACCGGUGGCUGUAUUGUUCAUUUCCAGGAUUAUUUGGUCGACUGUCAACAAUUCCUGGACGACAUCCUGGCUCUCAAAUUUGAUGGCGCCCUGCCUGCAAAGGUAGUACUGAGCCCUUGCCAUGACGGUGGCAUUAGCGGCGCUGGCAUAUUGGCUGCGGCUUCCUUGUCUAGCAGCGAAGCUGGCACGGCGUAAACCAUCCUCUGAAAAGAAAAAGACAAUAAACGAGGAACUAGAACGCCACUAUUACAGAGGAAGAGAGCUGUAUAUAGCAUCACAAGCAUGUAUAGGGUUGCAUGUUUGGCAUAUUUCUACCCUCCAGUGACGAAAUUCAUCGCGUUUAUCAUUGUGCGGCAACAUUUAACGAAUAUAGACUCUUUUCUUGUAUUGGGAAUAAUGCCAACUCUUUAGCAUAUUCAAGUCAUUUUAAUAGAUACAUAGGCCCUAAUGUCCGGGGAAUACAAUACAUGCUACUUCCUCCCACAUAUUGUCCUGCUGCUUUUCAAAAUUCCAAAAGCGCUAAAUUACAUGCAUUAAUGAACUCCGUUUACACCACCUGCUGUUAACGCCUCGAGCUCCUCCUUUGCGCGGCGAUAGUUUUCUUGCGCCUCUCGUUCUCUUCUGCUCACGUAUGCUACCUCUUCACGGAGCGCGCCAAGGCGACGCUCAAUGGCGCUCUCUUCAGAGAUGGCCAGCAUCUUGAAGCCAGACAGGGCGACGCGAGCCUUUUCAAGGGCAUCUGCGGCAUCGCCAAUCUUAUCCUUCAGCAGUGUCUGGCGCUUCUGGUAACCGCCAAGGUGCAACUUAAGCUUGGAUUCUACCUUGGCUCCCUUUUCGGCGGAACUCAUGAGGCUUUCUUGGGCGACCUGUGAAAUAUGGUUAGCAACUAUUGCUUUGGUUACGGCUACAGAAUCGACAAAGUGACUUACUUCAAAUGCAGCACGCAUGAUUUUCAGCUCAUCGGGCUCUGAUGUUUGCGCGUAGCACCCGAGGCCGAGACGAGUCGUGUCAGCGGCCCUGCUCUCGAACAUGGCUUGGAUGUCGUCGAGCUUGGGCAGCUUGGCGGCCUCAGACAGAAUUAGGAGUCGCGCAUCGGCCAGCGAAGCGUCGUCAAUCUGCGCCAGUGGGCGUCCACCGCGCUGCGGUUGCGAUCCUGGCAGCGGGUAUCUGGCAGCGUCGUUGGCCAUUAGGGCCGCGGCUUCGAGGGCAAUGAGGCGCUCGGCAUCGUUUUCAAUCGCCUCUGCUCGCUUAAUCAUGGCAUUGAGAUCGACCUUUGCGGGACGCGGAAGCUCCUUCUGCAUUACUUGCGUGCGGCGGCGUCGCUCUAGCUCGUCAACAGCAGCUUGACGCUCGCGCUCGCGGCGAUCUCGUUCAGCCGAAUCCUCUUCAAGUCCAGUACCCGUCGGGUCCACUUCUUCCUGCUGCUCAGGCAGAGCAAAUUCAAUCUCCUGAGGUCGAGGGAGAGCGGCAAGUCCGGAUCUGAGCUGCUCGCGCAUAGCCAAUUUUCUCAUUUUGACAUCGCGUGGCGUCGCACCCCCCGACGAGCCAUCGUCUUGGUUAAGAGCAAAUGUAUCUCGUGGCGUCCGCAACGGUGUCUGUCCAGGUCGCCCAGAUUCACCACCUCGCAUAGGUGUGGCCAUGGGGUUUGGCGUAGCCAUGACAUGAUUGCGUGGUGUAAUGCCGCCAAAGCCUAGCGACUCGGACGUUUCACCACGCAGAGGUGUGUUUUCACCACCCAACAGGGCAGAUUGUGUAUCGUUGAGGGCUCGAAUCGCGCGGAUUUCGUUGGCAAUGUGAUCCUCCUCCUCGGGUGCUUUUGGCGUGCGGAUAGAAGCAUUGGUAUUUAAUGUGGAAUAGCUGUUGACAAAUCCGCGGGUGGCAUCGUUGUCGCUCUCUCUCGCUCGCAUAUUGGCAGCCUCUCCCAUCUUGCCCAUCUUGACAAUGUCGUCGAGCUCGCCAUCUCCGACUUGAGGCGCUGGGAGGUUGAGCGAACGGCGCUUGCUCAUCUGCUCAGCCUCUCGAAUCUUUUGUAGUUGUCCGGCCUUCAUGGCUGCCUUUUGGGAGUCUGAUGGUCCUUCUUUUUCGUUCUUUCUUCUCUUUCUCUCGUUAUCUUCGUCACCGUCGCCUUUGCGCUUGUUGGCCAGAUGCUGCUUCUGAGGAUCGAAUGCUUUGCGCAUAGCCUCGUUUUCUGCCAGUUCCUCCGAUGUAUCAUAGAAUCCAGGUGCAGCCUUCUUCUCAAACGGAAUAUCGGCAUUGUAGUCCAUCUCGCCCUUCUUACGCGUGACGACCUUGACGUUGAUGCCGGCCGUCUUGAGUUCACGGCGCUUCUGCAGUGUAGCCAAGCGGCGCGACUCCUCCUGUUGUCGCUCACGAGCCUUUCUCUUUGCCUUUUUGCCUUGUGUGUUUGCUAAACGGGCUCGAGCCUCGCUCAACAUCUCCUUUUCGUCCUCAUCGAGAUCAAUAGUAUCGGGGCGAGCCGGUUUCGUUUCGGGAUCGGGAUCAAGCUCUCCAGGUCGUAAUCGUCGCACAUCGUCUGCACUUGGAGCAGAGGCCUCGCCACCAUCGACACCUGUCAGACCAAAAGCCGACGACUCUCGCGCUUCGGCUUCGUCGAGGAGCUUCUGGUAGCGUUCGAGGCACUGGUUCGCAGUGCGACCGACAAUGGGGGCAAUUGUGCGCCAUUGCGUCGGCAUAAUCUUGGCAAGAUGCAGCAGCUUUUCAUCUUCCUCUCUGCUCCAUUCUAUCUUCUUGAUGCUCGGGUCGAGCCAUUCGUUCCAGCGAGCUUUGCACUGCUUGGCCGUCUUCCUGGCGAGCAGGGACGAGACACGCGCCCACUGGUUGAGGCCAUAUUUGGAGACGGACGCCUUGAGGAUCUCGUCCUCAAUGUUUGUCCAGACACCUCCUUUAACGACCGGCAUGAUGGCGGCUGCUGAGUGAUGGGAAGAUUUG